GAACCAUGCGUGGGAGAAGCAGGUGGAGGAGAAGCAUUUAGGAAGCAAGUAUCUGGUGCAGAAGCAGCAGGAGAGCAGCACUCGGAAGCUGAAAGAAGAAGCUUUGGCAGAACGGGCUCCCUUGCCUAGCAGGCCAGUAUUGGAUCCUUGGUGGAGUUCAAGAAGACCUUCACCAACUUAAAGAGAAAUUAACUCGUACCCCAGUUAGAGAAAAUGGAGAGCAUCUGGACAUUCAAACUCUGGAAACAGCCAUUAAAAGAACUGAAUUGGGAUUAAAAGUAUGUAGAAUUGCAUUGGAGGAGAAUGCCAAAAAGGAUACACGUUGAGGAAUAUCUGAAUGCCGUAAAUCGCCAAGUGUUAACCAUUCCUUCUUUGGAUGAAAAGGCAUCACAUCCUCAUCCACUUUCCAAAUGGAAGCUUCCAAGUGAUAUUCCCAAGAAGUCACUAGUUUUCCCAUUAGUGACGAGGGAUAAAGCUCUGCUGGUCCCAGGAGGGAAUAGAUUCUUUCCCCACAUCUCUCCAGGAUCAAAGCCAAAGCUAACAAUGAAUGUAAAAAUCUUUCAAGACUCCGAAAGCAUCAAACACAGAACUUCUCUAAAUCAGAACCACGGAAUCAGUUUGCCUCUUAUAAGUAAGAGGAAAACAGCGUUUAUACCACCUCAGAAGAUAGCGAAAGGACCCACAGUACCCAAUCUCACGAUUCCACCUGCUUCUCACCGCACCGACCCCUUUCUCACACCUCUUCCUGUACUAGAAAAAGACGCAAAUAAAGGUAUACUGAGUCUUCUCGAAAGAGGGCUGAUUCCAGCGACUGCAAAGAUUACUCUGGAAAACCCACCUGUGCUACCCAGAGCAGCUCCACUUCACCCUUUCCCGAAACCGUGUAAGGCCCCUACAUCAGGAGGAUCCACUGGCAAACUGGCAGUGGUUGGCAGAACACAAUUAAGCCAUCGAGACUCAAAAUCCACUGAGUCUCCAGAGGGCCCAGGAUCUUCUUCCACAAAAGAGAGCACUGCACCACCCCCGUGUGACAUCUUUGUACCUUCAGCUCAGAAUUCAAAGCCAGUAUGUGCACAAUCCCCUUCAGGAUUGGAUUUGGUGCCAUGUCCGUCUCCCAAAUUGAAGGCUCCAAAUGCAAUGUUGCCUAUGCCUACUAAGAAAUCAGCCCUGGAUUAUGACUUCUCCAUUUUCAAUGGCAUCAUAGAUAAGAAGGCCCCAGACUUCCUAGCCUUCAGGGAACAUUUUUGUUUACUUUGGGGAAAUAUCAUUUCUUUCUUGGACUACAUGGAGGAGUUUCUCCGGGACUACGCCAUACCCCAGGUCAGAAUAAAAGGCAGGAAACUGGUCGAGCUCCUCCCCCACUUUGAAAUCAAGGGCAGACCGACCCGAGAUGACUUAUUUUCGGUGAUGGAGAAUCCAAAUGAAAUAGCCUGGGCCUUAAGUCAGCCGGGGCAGAGAUACAAGGGACAAGGCGGAGUCCAUAUGGCUGCCGUGAAGAUCCAAACCACGUGGAGACACUAUCAAGCCCGGAAAACCUACAUCGAUUUCAAACGGAAGAAGUGGGCCUCGGGUGUGAUCGCCAUUUCUUGGCUCCUGUACACACAAAAGAUACGAUUGAAGAAGACCCUGAAGGAAUCACGUCAAAGACACCUGGAGAAUUUUCACAUUCGAGCCAAGCAUCUGGCAGCCAACUGGAAUCGCAUGAGGACUUCCAGGAGGACUAUUAUCCAUAUCCCGUCAUUAGGAUAUCCCCAGACUGUGCGGGCCAAUGCCUCCGGAUUUGAUUUACAACAGAACUUGCAGCUGGGAAGACUGUGUGACAUAUCAGAUGCCAAUGUGGAUGUCAUCUAUGUCUGCCCCCUUCAUCUGAGCAAGGAGUUACUACAUUAUUACAAUAAACUCCUGGGUCUCCGGACAGCUGUCACAUCCGGGAACACUGAGGACACGGAUGACCUGAAGGACAGGUUCAAAAUUCUCACCCCUGAAGCUAUAAGCAGCUUCACUAGACAUCCCAUGUGCUUGGCUACUCACUUGAAGUACAGUCCCAAGACGAUCAAAAGAAUAAAGAAUCUCAUCCAAGGCAAAGAAGCCUACAUCAUUGGCGGGUUUCUCCACAGAGAUGAUUUAGCUGUCGCCGAUGUGCUAAAUGUGCCUGUCUUAGGCUCAGAGCCGGAAGUGAUUCAACUCUACAGUACGAAGUCUGGGAACAAGAAGAUCUUUGCAAGUGCCCAUGUGCUAGUGCCUCCUGGAGUUUACGAUAUCUAUAAUGAACAGCAGAUGAUUGAACAGUUAAGUCAAUUGAUUGCUGAUCAUUUGGAAGUGCAACGCUGGAUAUUUAAAGUGAAUAAUGAAUUUGGAGGGAAUGGUACAGCAUUUUGUGACAUUCCUCUUCACCUGAAAUGCUACAAGUGGCUCUUAAAAGAAAGUCAAAGAUACAGCCGCGACGCCUGGAGUAAGAAGUGGGCACAAGAGCCAGCUUUGGUGAAGAUCUCCCAGGAGCUGGCAGACGUCUUAGCACAGCAUGCACAGCCAGUCAAUGGGAAACGAUUCCCUACGUGGGAAAAAUUCCUCCGAACAUUUCUGAGUCAAGGUGGCGUGAUCGAGGCCUUCCCACCCUCGGACAAUGUCACGAACCUGACAGUGGACAUGCUGAUAGAGCCAACAGGGGAAAUCAAGAUGGUGUCUUCCGGAGACCAGUUCCACUGUGACGGCCCCUUCCGCUCCUCGGGCACUACCCUGCCUCAGUCGUCAGUGAAUCCACAAGUCCUCAGCUCACUCUGCUUAAGCAUCGGCAAAGCCUGCAAAGCCAAGGGAGUGCUGGGUUACUUCUCCAUUGACCUGGUGACCUUUAUCCAUCCAUUCACAAAGGAGCAGCAGGUAUGGGCAACAGACCUUGACCUUUUUUAUAGUGACCAGCUUGCCUUGACUCAGCUUCUGUUGUACGUGACAAAUGGAAAUCUGGAUUGCUGUUCUGGACUCUUGGAAGUGCCGCCCUUUGUGAGGAAAGUGAAAAGUCCGGGACUUCAUCCCGAGAGGAUAAAAACACCCCCCCAAAACCAUCGAUGGGCCGUGAUGAGUUCCCAGCUGAGGCACACCAACCUCUCCUUGGUCUUCUAUUACGUUUUCCUCCAGAUGUGCCAGGGACAUGGCAUUGGCUUCGACAUCAAGGAAAAGCAAGGAACAAUUUUUAUGUUGUACGAAAACCAGAAGAGACAGAGGUUGGGAAUGUUAACAAUCGGAGAUGAUCUCCAGGGGGUCCUCAUGACCUUUGCCCACAAUCUCUUCAUCAUCCAUCAAGAAAUAUCAGCACCUAAUAUGCAAGGCAAGACCAAUUUUAAGUCUUGCAUUGAUGAAAUGGAAACAAUCCUGGGAAUUACAGCAGAAAACAAACUGAAGUUGGAGGAGGAGGAGGAGGCGAACAAUGUAACAGGCCCUUCUGAUAAAGAACUGAUCACAAUUUGAAAUCUGGAUUCUUCUUUGUGGAGCUGUAGGAAAGAACGAGUAUCUCACUCUUAGGAAGCCAAAGGAAAAAGAAUAGGUCAAUUUUCCAAGUUCACUAACAGCCGAUUUAGAACCCGUCGAAACUAGAAAUGAGAAGAGUAUUUCUUGUUCAUUUUGCAUAAUGACCUGAAUUUUCCAUUCUAAUUGCCACCCUCUGUUAUGCUUAAAUUGUGUGUGGUGAAUCCCAAAAAAUUUUGCUACCCAUCAAAGCAUAAUAAACCCAGCAACACUUUUCCAGUAGCUCUAUUCUUAGAAGUUAUUUUUUGAGCAUGAUAAAUACUUUCAGUACAUUCAGAUAAAGGAUUUUUCACUUGUUCCUAAUUAUUUUCUUUUUCCCCCAUGAGGUUGGAGGCUAUUCAUCAUCACCCAUUUUGGGAACCUAAAUUGUUAGACAAGUUAGAUACAUUAGACAAUUUAGGUGAGAAAAGACACCCUUUUUCUUUAUUACUUUUUCCUAGGGCCAAGCCUCUGGGUUUUUUGGUUUUGUUUUUUGCCACCUUCCAAGGGAAGCUUCCUGGCAGGAUAAAAUCUAACUAAUGGAGGCUGCAGAAUUGACAUAAGUGGCAGCAUACACUCUCAUUUGAAGUUACAGUGAAACCCCGGCCCUAAAGAUUCAGUAAACAUUCUCCAUCCUCUCCCUUCAUGGGGUUGGAUGUGUAGUGUCAUGAAGCCCCCAAAAUCUUUUAUGAUUUUUAAAAAUCCACUGUUCCAGAGCAUACCCCUCAAAGACCAGAUGGGCACGACUAUGAUCCAUGUUCAGUGAGGAAGUAUUUAAAAACGCAAAUCAAAACAUCGAAUGAAUGCUGAUUUUUUUUUUCAAAUAAACUUUAUC